UACUUGGGUGUUUGAUGCACUUUAAAAAACAAACACCUACCUACCGGUUUGUCCUCUGUAAUUGCGUGCCUUUGUUUGCUGAAAUACAAUUUUGUCUUCAAAUAAAUGUUACUGAAAUACCACCACCGACUGUUUUCUUGUUGAGAUUUAACUGCCAUAUGCCAAAAAAUAAACAUUUUGUAUUCACGCUGCCCUUGCCUUUGAAUGAGGACUCAACUCUUGCCAGUUCACCAAUAUCGGUUUCCAACAUUCACCCAAUGCACAAAGUGCAGGACAAGCUAUUCAAUCAGAAUGUGUUAUGGACAUCUAGAUACACCUACUUACAUCUUGGAAGCUAAUAGAUUGCAUUCAAAUAAAAUAUGGAGAUAAAAUAAUUGUAAUCAGAAGACACACACAUAAUAAAUAGCAAUACAAUAACUGCAGAAUAAAUAAUGCUGUAAUUGAAAAUUGUACACCCAAGGUAUGCUACUGCCCCUUUAAAGCUUAGAACAUAUUUUGUACCCAAUGUUGUGAUUCUGUCCAAAUAUCUUCACACACUAUUCAAACCCCAUAAUCAAUAAACAGUUUAUGAAGCUGUCUAUAGAUCACAUAUUGCAAACAAAAAAAAUUGAACUAAACUCCACAAUUAGGCAUUUCUGGGAGUCCUUGACUAUCGCUGAUCAAUAUCCAAAAAACAGCACAUAUUUCUUCCCUUGAACCUGCAGGAUAUUCUUUCUUGUGGCACCAACGUGAGGAUUUAUGGCAAGAGAAGCGGAGCAUCAUCCCUGCCCCAUGAGCAGUGAGCUGGGCUUUCUGCCUGCCAUGUACCUAUUCCCUGGCUUAAUCAAUGUCCCUGAAAUGGGGAUCAAUAUUGGUCCUGCAAAUACCCGUCAACACCUGCCGGGAGUGUCGCCCCCAAGCACGAGUUGGGAGAGAAGAUGCCUGAGAAAGCACAGGAGGAGAACAGAUGAUGAAGGAUGCAGUGCCAAAAAGAGGAGGCUGAUGGGAGAUGCAGGAUGCGAUCCUUUGGAUGACCUCAGCCAUAAUGUGUGUCAGAUCUGGCCACCAGGCAACAAUGGCCCCCCUCUACCUGAAUCAGCCAGCCAAGCACCUCCCCAGCACUGCCUGGGGACUCAGAACCUGGGGCUGCCCAUAUCCGGGUCUCCCCCCCGUCUGGUCUGUCCAGAAGCAGAAGGCUCCUGCAUCGAGGUGGAGUCUGCUCAUAGAAGACUGCAGGAGAUUGAGGAAAGGAUCAGUCUGGAGGAUGAUGAUGAUGACCUGGAUGUGGAGCCAGCACCCAGGCGGCCAGUGCUGGUGAUGUCUGACAGUCUGAGGGAGGGGCUUCAGCGUGGCAUCAGUGACAUUCUCCCCCACACUGUGGCCCAGUCUGUGAGCCACUCCUGUAUGGAGCUGGUAGUAUGGCGCCUCCCAGAGGAUGCGCUGGCUCGAAAGCUGAAAGACUCCCUGCAGAGGAAGCAGCAGACUACCAGCAGGCAGCCGCCGACCCCCAGUGCCCCUACCACUCAGAUUCCCCUCACCCCCACAAACCCCUCAGGGGAGACGUACUCCCCUCUGUACUGCAGCCCAGGGGCCGGGGCCCACAGCUCUGGAGAGGAGGACAUGGAGCUGUAGGGCUUUUGAGACCCAGCAUCAGGAAUGCCCAGAGUAGCUACAGGUCUCAGCUUUGGUUCACUUGGUUGGACCCUCAGAGAAGCCAUGGAGAGACAGAAAAAACUACAUAGACAGAUCCAAAACUUCACAGUGAUAUGAACGUCUGCUUUGGAUCAAGACCAGGCUGUUGGGGCAGCAUGGCACAUGUAUACUACUUGGCCAAAAGAGGGCAAGUACCCACUUUCUUUGUGUUACAGUCAGAUAAUACUGGAUGUAAAUAGCAACUGCCUCUAAAAAAAACAACUUCUAAUUUAGAAAACAGCCCUAUGUGUCAUCAAUAUGAGUCAGAAACAUGUAUUCUACUGUCAGAAUUGACUACAAAGUGUAAAUAAACUCAGUCUCAUCAAAAA